CGUGACCCCGGUGGUGUAGAUCCAAAAUGGCCGCUGUUGUAUUUUGACGUACGCUAGCUAGCCGCUUUUCUUUUUGUUUCAUUCCUUGUAAAUCGAACAAAAUCUUGUUUUGGGGAGCAGUUUGUUGCCAUCCUAUAUAUAUUAGCGCGCUGGUUACUGACUCGAAGACAAUCACUGCUGACACCCAUUUACAAGAGGAGCUUGACUAUGCAUUUUUAGUUCAGAUAGAAGCUAGCUAGCUGGCUCUGGCUGGCAUACAUUAGAAGGCAGCUGAAAGUGAAACAGGGAGCUAAGCUAAUUUAGCUGCAAUGGAGGAGUUGAGCGCAGAUGAGAUUCGUCGAAGGAGACUGGCCCGACUGGCAGGGGGGCCUACGUCACAGCCUUGUACCCCCCUCAGCACACCUUUGACCUCCCCACAGAGAGAGACCCCGCCUGGACCCCUUCCCGGACCCUCAGGUGCAAAUCAGCCCAUGCCAUCAGCGGCCUCUCAGUCUUUGGGGCUUAAUGUCCACAGUGGUACCCCUGCCACAUCCCCCAUGGGCACGUCUGGAGUGGCUUUUGGGAGUCAGAGCAGUGAGGGUGUGAGUUCCCUCUCCAGUUCUCCUUCCAAUAGCCUUGAGACCCAGUCCCAGAGUUUGUCCCGAUCACAGAGCAUGGAUAUAGAUACGGCCUCCUGUGAAAAGAGCAUGUCCCAGGUGGACGUGGACUCAGGAAUAGAGAACAUGGAGGUGGAUGACAGUGAUCGCAGAGAAAAGAGAAACUUGACUGAAAAGGAAGCAGCUUCAAACUCAGAUGUGUCCGAGGAGCAGGCUCUGCAGCUCAUGUGUAAGAUCCUGCGUGUGUCAUGGAAGGAGCAGGACAGAGAUGUCAUCUUUCUCCCUUCACUUGCUGCUGACUUUCAGCACAACCCUAAAGAUGUCUAUGCUGACUUCAAAGACCUGAUCAGUCAGAUCCUGAUGGAGGUUUUGACGAUGUCCACACAGUCUUCAGUCCAUAACCCUUUUGCGAGCUUGACUGCCACCUCUCAGCCAAUAGCAGCAGCCAAAUCUCCUGACCACCGCCUGACCCUGGUACAGCCCUCCAGCCAAGGUGGCAGCCCUAUGGGCCCCAAUACGGCCUCCUUCGGAGCCAGCUCUUUGUCCAGUCUUUAUGGGUGUGGUAGUCCUCACCCAAUGGCUUUGGAUGCAGCCACGUGGACCUCUCCAUCCCCUUGUUCCUCCUCUUCUUCUUUACCAUCCACACCAGUCACUCCUCAGUUUAUUGUUCCCCCCAGCCCACCUGCUACAGCUGGUCUCAGACAUGCAUUAAACUCUCCCUCUGCCCCUAUGCCCAUCUCCCAGCGUUAUCGGCCCUAUGCCGUUUCUACUCCUUGGGUACCUCCUUCUCCAUCUAGCUCUGGGUACAGACCGUUUAGUUUCUCUGGUCCAUCUCCCAGCUCAGUAGGACCCAUUGUCCCACCAAACACCCCGGUCCCUCUGCCCCCACCCAGCCCCCAGUCUUUGAACUUCCCCAGGGCUCCUAACCAUUCAUCCACUGCACCGCUUCCUGUGGUGCCUCCUUCACCUCGAACGAGGGCUAGACAUGCUGCAUUUGCUACCAGGAUUCCACCAUCUAGCCCCUUGUCGUUCCUGUUCUUUGCACUGUCUGACAUGAAUCAGGACAGCAGUGAUGAAGAGUCUGAGGAGGAGGAGGAUUUUUCUCGGGUUCAGUUUGGGUCCAGUCUUGGUGCAUGUGGGGGGAGCCUGUCCUGCAGCUCUGCAGGUGACCGUUUCACCAUCGAAACCUGUAAAGAGACAGAGAUGCUGAACUACCUCAUUGAGCGCUUUGACAGUGUUGGUAUGGAGGAAAGAAAAGCUCCCAAGAUGUGUAGCCAACCAAAUGUCAGCCUGCUCCUCAGCAACAUUCGCUCCCAGUGUAUCUCCCAUGUCGCUCUGGUUCUUCAAGGCGCCCUGACCCAUCCCCGGAGUCCUCUGCAGCCUUCUCUGCUGGUCCCUUAUAUGCUGUGUCGCAACCUUCCCUAUGGCUUUAUACAAGAACUGGUCCGCAUUACCCACCAGGAGGACGAAGUGUUCAGACAGAUCUUCAUUCCUAUCCUCCAUGGUCUGGCAUUGGCAGUGAAAGAAUGUUCCUUCGACAGCGACAACUUUAAAUAUCCUCUAAUGGCAUUAGCUGAGUUAUGUGACAUAAAAUUUGGAAAGACACAUCCAGUGUGCAACUUGGUAACAUCAUUGCCUCUUUGGUCUCCCAAAACUGUGAGCCCUGGCUGUGGGCGAGAGAUCCAGAGACUCUCUUAUCUGGGAGCAUUCUUCAGCCUCUCAGUUUUUGCUGAGGAUGAUACUAAAGUUGGGGACAAGUAUUUCUCUGGCCCAGCCAUCACAAUGGAGAACACCCGAGUCGUCAGCCAGUCUUUACAGCACUACUUGGAAUCUGCAAGAGGGGACCUCUUCAAAAUACUCCAUAACAUUUUACUAAAUGGAGAAACUCGUGACUUGGCCCUCAACUACAUGGCAGCUCUUGUCAACUACAAUGUGAAAAAAGCCCAGAUGCAGACCAAUGACAAUCUUGUGUCGACUGAUGGCUUCAUGCUGAACUUCUUGUGGGUGCUGCAGCAGCUGAGCAUGAAGAUCAAGCUGGAGACUGUGGACCCGUUUUAUAUUUUUCACCCACGAUGUCGCCUUGCUGUUAGUCCAGAAGAGACACGCCUCAAAGCUACUAUGGAGGAACUCAAGACAUGGCUAACAGAACUACAUGAGGACCCUUCAAAGUUCUCAGACCCCAAAUUUCCCACAGAGUGUUUCUUUUUGACUUUGCACACUCAUCAUUUAUCCAUCCUGCCAAGCUGUAGGCGCUACAUCCGCCGAUUGCGGGCUAUUCGGGAGCUCAACAGGACUGUAGAAGAACUGAAGAACAGUGAAAGUCAAUGGAAAGACUCUCCCUUAGCUAGUCGACAUAGGGAGAUGCUCAAAAGAUGCAAAACUCAGCUUAAGAAACUAGUGCGCGCCAAAGCUUGUGCUGAUGUGGGUCUUUUGGAUGAGAACCUGCUCCGGAGAUCUCUGCAGUUUUACAGCACUGUCAUUCAGCUCAUCCUUCGUAUGGUGGACCCCGCCUACCCCCACAUGACCCUGCCCCUGAACCCUGAGGUCCCCAAAAGUUUUGCUGCUCUGCCAGAGUUCUACAUCGAGGAUGUGGCUGAAUUUCUGCUUUUUGUUGUGCAGUAUUCCCCCCAGGUUUUAUAUGAGCCCUGUGUGCAGGACAUUGUGACCUUCCUGAUCGUCUUCAUCUGCAGUCAGAACUACAUCAGAAACCCCUACCUGAUUGCUAAGUUAGUGGAGGUGCUGUUCGUCACUAACCCUGCAGUGCAGCCUCGAACUCAGCGAUUCUUUGAAAUGAUGGAAAACCACCCUCUGUCUAUCAAACAGCUAGUCCCAGCCCUCAUGAAAUUUUAUACUGAUGUUGAGCAUACUGGUGCGACUAGCGAGUUUUAUGACAAGUUUACCAUACGGUACCAUAUCAGUACGAUCUUCAAGAGUCUGUGGCAAAACAUGGGUCAUCAUGGCACCUUUAUGGAGGAGUUCAACUCUGGUAAACAGUUUGUGCGCUACAUCAACAUGCUCAUCAAUGACACCACCUUCUUGUUGGACGAGAGCCUUGAAUCUUUGAAGAGGAUUCAUGAAGUGCAAGAGGAGAUGAAGAACAAGGAACAGUGGGAGCAACUGCCAAGGGAGCAGCAGCAGAGCCGUCAGUCCCAGUUGACUCAGGAUGAGCGUGUCUCUCGGUCUUACCUGGCCCUUGCCACUGAAACAGUUGAAAUGUUUCACAUUCUCACAAAGCAAGUUCAGAAGCCUUUCCUCCGACCUGAGCUUGGACCUCGCUUAGCUGCAAUGCUGAACUAUAAUCUCCAACAGCUUUGUGGCCCCAAAUGUCGGGACCUUAAGGUGGAGAACCCUGAAAAAUACGGCUUUGAGCCCAAGAAGCUGCUCGACCAGUUGACUGAUAUCUACCUGCAACUCGACUGUGCCCGCUUUGCUAAAGCUAUUGCAGAUGACCAGCGUUCUUACAGCAGAGAACUCUUUGAAGAGGUGAUCUCAAAGAUGAGAAAAGCUGGUAUAAAAUCCUCCAUAGCCAUUGAGAAAUUUAAGCUGCUGUCAGAGAAAGUGGAAGAAAUAGUCGCCAAAAACUCCCAGUCUGAAAUGGACUACAGCGAUGCACCAGAUGAGUUCAAAGACCCUCUGAUGGACACUCUGAUGACUGACCCUGUGAUGCUGCCUUCUGGGAACAUUAUGGAUCGAUCCAUCAUCUUGCGCCACCUGCUCAACUCUCCCACUGACCCCUUCAACAGACAGCCGCUGACCGAGAGCAUGCUGGAGUCAGUUCCUGAGCUAAAGGAGAGGAUCCAUGCUUGGAUGAGAGAGAAGCAGAGUGGCCGGCAAUGACCUCAAGAUGAAACCUGUCUAGACUUCAGUAAGGGAUUGGUCCCAAAUCACCUAAAACAUUUUUAAUGAGAAAGGAGACCUGAUUUGUUUUUCCCUCAUGCAUUUACCCUCUUUGUCACAAACCAUUAUCGUGGUUAAAAAUAUAAUAAAGCUAAAACUUUUACGUUUUUUCUCAUGAGUUUUAUGUAAAAAUAUAGUAUAAAUAUUUACAAAUAUUGAACAAGACCUAAUGAUAUUGUUAUAUGCUGCAAAAGGACUUUUCCUACAACAGGUUUAUCGCUGAGGCUAGUUUUCCUUAUUGCUUCUCAUUUGAUUGUAAUACUGUGUUUUGGAGCCAUUAAAGUUAUUAUUUGAA